UAUGAUGUUUAUUGGAUUCCAAGAGCGCGUUUCUUGUAAACAGCUGUCAGACGGAUAUAUAAGCCGAUUACGAGGAUUUAACUAGAUUGACAUGAAUUGCUGUAAAGUCUGUUGAUCCCGUUAUACAGACGAGACAUGUCAGGAAACUUGUCAGUUGUGGCUUUUGAGGGAGAGCUGAACGGUAUCAUUAGAGAGUAUCUGAGUUUUGGAGAUUUUGAUAGAACCGUCAGCACAUUUGAAGCUGAGUGUAGUGAGAAGGGAAAACCAAUCAGUACACAAGAUGUCAGACCCAAGACCAACAAGAAACUUCAAACUGUUCAAAAUGAAAUGAUGGAUCAUUUUCAUCAAGGAAAGCGGAGGAUUUUCUUUGAGCAGUGGACAGACUUCCUGCCAUCAUCCAUACGGGAUGAGGACUCAGUGGCCCAGAAAUUGGAGUUCUACCUCAAUAUUUAUUUUGCUGUGUAUCCCAUGAAGCACAAAGGUCCACAGUCUGAAGUUGAAAUGAACAUGGGGGAGUUCAAGACAUACCUUGAGUCAAGAGGAUCAACUCUGAGUCAGACUACAGAAUUCCUGCCAUUCUAUGCUCUACCGUUUGUCCCCAAACCAAAGGAGCACCCUUCAUACAAGGAACUUUUUUCGGACAGUUGGAUGAAGGACCUUGAAGUUCGACUGGACAAAUUCCUGACAUUAGCUUUAAACUCCACACCACAACCACGGCUGUUCGAUUUAUACAGGGGAGGAGGUGGUCCAGGUUCAAGCAAAAGUAUACAUCAGAUGUCAAUGCUGCAGCAGAAGCUGAUAGAUGCGGAGAAGAAGACCUCCACGUACAUGAGACGCCACAGCAGGGUUCAGGCUGACUACCAUAACCUGAUAGGAAUAACUGCCGAUCUCGUAGAUGCCCUUGAGUCAACUGUCCAGGGGAAGCCUGAAAGUUCCAAGACAAUCACACCAGAGUACCUCCAGCAGCUGUGUACCCGACUGUUCAGCGCUCACAUGAGGACCUCUGUCGACCUCGUCAGGCCAGGAACAGCGGGCGAGGCGUUGAGAGCUUCUGUUAUUCCAGCAAGACAUGCAACGAAAGAGGCGGAGACGUACGCUGGGCUGGACUACCAGCGGCUGAAGAAGGACCUGGUGGACGGCCCCGAUAGGAAGAAGGCCCUCCUUCUGCAGGCUCUCCGAUGGAGGUUAACCCGAUCUCGAGUUGACCAGAGGGAUGUGAUUAUGUCAGCCUAUAUACAGCAUGACUUGUUAGGGUGUGCCAAAGAUGGGCCAUACAGGCAAGCAGUUGAGAAUAUGCUGACAUCAGACAACGAGAGCGUGAAGCAGUAUACGGCUCGACUCUUCAAUGCCUUUGCUUCUCUGUCAGUUGGACGCUCGUACCUGGCAUUGAACAGUGAACUGAUGCCAUCCCUGAUGGACAACCUGCGAAGUGAAGACAAGGACUCCCUCACCAGGGAGAUGAUUCUCGGAGCCUUGCAGAAACUCAGUCUCAGGCGUGCCCUGCAGUCGGCCAUGAUAGACAAGGGAGUGAUCGAGUGGCUUGUGGGGGUGCUGGAGGACAACGACUCUCUGUCGGACUACACCCUGGAGUACUCCGUGGCCCUGCUCAUGAACCUCUGUCUCCGAACUUCCGGAAAGAAGCGAUGUGCGAAAAAUGCUCGUCAGACUCUGAAAGUCCUCAGUGAUCUCCUGGGCCAUGACAACACAGAGAUUCUACCCUAUGUGAAUGGUGCUUUGUACAGCAUCCUGGCUAUUCCCUCCAUCAGAGAAGAAGCUAAAGCUAUGGAUAUGGAAGAAAUUCUGAGAUGUUUUAUAAAAGAUGGCCAACAAGACAUGAACAGGCAGAUAGAGUUCAUCAUUAAACAAUUAAACUCAAAUGAAGCUGGUGAUGAGUAUGAGUCUGAUGAUGAGGAAGAAGAUGAUGAUGAGGAGGAGGACCAAGAUGCUCUGGAAGCUGAUUUGGACAAGGAGGAGAUGAUCAGACCCCAGCCUGGUGAACUGGCCGGGGAGUCCAUGUUAUGUCGCGAUUACCAGGGAGAGGCAGACAGCUCCAGCAGGAAGAGGCAUACAGACCGAGUAUCCAUGCACGAGCCCCUCACACGCCCAGCCACGCCCAGUCAGAGACGAGCGGCGGAAAACACUGCACCACGUACGGGGGGAGGUGAUAGGCCUCAGUCACGCAACAAUCCCAGCAGGCCGAGCACAGGAAGUAAAGAUAUCACAGUACGACCACCUACACGCAGCGGCAGUCGACCAAACUCCCAGGAGAGCGGCCGGCGUACGUCAAGUCAGGCGAGUGACCGACACCUCAGGCCAUCAACUAAAGCAAUGGAGAAACUUGGCACAGGUGCAAAUGUCAAUGAGUAUGCAAGUGCAUUCGGUUCUCGUCCUCGCAUUCCGCGGACACCGGGCCCCGACAACCUGAAGCGUCCCUCGUCUGGCUCCAGUAAAAGUUCCAUCUCCAAGAACCCCCCUCAGCCCCAAUAUUCUGAGUCAGGGCCCCGACCUAGUUCGGCAGGGAAAACUGGUGGCUCAAGUCCCAGGAAAGUAUCCACGGGCCGACCAAGCAACAGUCUACAGAACAGGUGAAACGCUGCACCAUUGUGUAGCUCCACUGCCUAGCUGCCUCUGUGUCAUGGCGCCAUGCCAUGGCUGUCAAGGAUCUAUCAGUUCUGUGUAAAUAGUGACCGUUAUCAGCUGUGAUAUGUGACAAUCUGUUUCAUGUACUUCAUACAGAUCCUCAUGGAAGGAUAUUUAUGUAUCCAGAGCUGGGUGGCCUGGACACUAAAUAUGCUACACAGAAAUUAUUGAUCAAGUGUAUAUCCAUAUCGUUUAAGUAAUAUAACUAAAUACAUACAUUGUGUAAUAAAUGUGUUUAUUUUAUUUCUAAUAUAUGAUAUUUACAAAACGGAAACACAUGAUGCAUUCUUAUCAUACCGUAUUCGACAUAAUAAUCGCCCCACUGUAAUAAGCGCCCACUGCGAUAUUUGCUGAUAUAUUGGCUAGUGAACAAUCCCAAUUAGCACCCCUUCCGAUCGAUCAAUGUACACAAGAC